UUAUAAAGAGUCACUGCAGCAGGAUCCAGGUGUUAACACUGUUCACCUGCACACUGGUAACAUGGCUUUACUGAAGGCUACACUUGGUCUCCUGAUCGUCCUCGUGCUCUCUGGCAGCUCCUGGGCUGAAGGUGACGAGGACCAGUCUGUCGCUGAGCGCCUGUGGAGGGCCAACAAGGAUGUUGUGCACACGGCAGACGAGCCCCUCGUCAUGGAUGACAUCGCCUAUGACAACGAGAAUGAGAGAAAUGCUGAUCCAUGCACCUCCCGUGGUUGUAUGUGGGGCAAAUCCAGUGACGGGAAAGUCUACGUGCCGUACGUCAUUGCCUCACAUUUCGCUUCACGUGAGCGCUCCAUCAUCGAGCGCGGACUCCUGUCCUUCCACGACGUCUCUUGCAUUCGUUUUGUCUCACGAACCAACCAGAGAGAUUACCUGAGCAUCGAGUCCAACAAUGGCUGCUACUCCUACGUCGGUCGCCGUGGUUACUCUCAGACACUGUCUCUGGACCGUCAGGGAUGCCUCUACCACAACACCGUCCAGCACGAGCUGCUCCACGCCCUCGGCUUCAACCACGAGCAGUGUCGCUCCGACAGAGACCAGCACAUCCGAGUCCUGUGGCACAACAUCCAGUCUGGUUGGGAGUAUGCCUUCGACAAGAUCAACACUCUGAACCAGAACACGCCCUAUGACUACAACUCUGUCAUGCAGUACCACAAAUAUGCCUUCUCUGGCAACAACCAGCCCACCAUGCAGCCCAUCCCCAACGCUAACGUUCAAUUCGGCACAUCCCAACAGAUGAGCCAGAAUGACAUUGCUCGUCUGAACAGGCUGUACAAGUGUUAAACAGUGACAACAUAGUGUGAAUUCAGACUUCACAUCAACUUUUCCCACUCUUUAAAUCAGCAAACAUUAUAUUAACAAUAAACCCUCACGCACACGUUCA